AUGUCGCAGACCACCAACGUUUGUCUCACCGGUGCGACAGGCUACUUGGGCGGCGCAACGUUGCAGCUGCUUAUGCAGAUGCCAAACCUGGCUAUCACCGCCCUCGUACGUGACGAGCAGAAAGCGGCCAAGCUCGAACAAUUCGGCAUCAAAACCGUCAUAGGCUCCCUCGACGAUUCGGCUCUCGUGGAAGCUGAGAGCGCAAAGGCGGACGCUGUCUUCCAAAACGCGGCUUAUGACCACAUUAACGGAGUCAACGCGUUACUCAGAGGCGCGAAGGCUCGCUUUGAGCGAAGUGGCAAGCAGUCGAUCUUCAUCCAGACCGCCGGUACGGCCAUCUUCGGAAAGCUAGAUGCUAUGGGAGAUCCUGCCUCGGGCCCUGCGUUAUCCGACAUAGACCCCAACUUGUACGACCAUAAGAACGCGCUCCCGUACAGCGCUAUCAACGAUGCGUUGAUUGCGGCAGACAGUGAAGGCUUUGUACGAACAUACAUCGUGUUCCCGUCGGUGGUCUACGGGACUCUCAAAGGCCCGCUCGUCGACGCGGGCAUCGCGCACGCGUACAGCCUUGCGAUCGCUGUGGCGGUCAAGCUGAGUAUCCAGCGCGGGCAGGGUGCGAUGGUUGUACCGGGCCUGAAUAGGUGGUCGGGGGUGCACGUUGACGAUGCGGCCGAAUUCUACAAGCUCGUGUUCGAGCGUGCGCUAGCAAACGAAGCACCUCACGGCGCACAAGGAAACUACGUCCUAGAGAACUGCGACUUCAACUUCAAAGACGCGGCAGAGCGGUACACGGCCAUUCUUCACGCGCACGGCAAGAGUGCGAAUGCCGAGCCCGAGGCUUUUACCGCUGCUGAGAUCGAGAGGAACCCGAUCAUGACUCUUUUGGGUGUGGAUAUUCGCAUCAAGGGAGAUCGCGCGCGGGCGCUGGGGUGGAGGCCCACGCAUGGUGUUGAGGAGUUCUUUGAGAGCGUGAGGGAGGAUACGGAGGCUAUUCUCGCUGGGAAAAAUUGA